AAGGCCCAACUCCCCGAACCACUCAGGGUCCUGUGGACAGCUCACCUAGCUGCAAUGGCUCCAGGCUCCCGGACAUCCCUGCUCCUGGCUUUUGCCCUGCUCUGCCUGCCCUGGCUUCAAGAGGCUGGUGCCGUCCAAACCGUUCCGUUAUCCAGGCUUUUUGACCACGCUAUGCUCCAAGCCCAUCGCGCGCACCAGCUGGCCAUUGACACCUACCAGGAGUUUGAAGAAGCCUAUAUCCCAAAGGACCAGAAGUAUUCAUUCCUGCAUGACUCCCAGACCUCCUUCUGCUUCUCAGACUCUAUUCCGACACCCUCCAACAUGGAGGAAACGCAACAUAAAUCCAUGAGUGGAUGCCGUCUCCCCUAGGCGGGGAUGGGGGAGACCUGUGGUCAGAGCUCCCGGGCAGCACAGCCACUGCCGGUCCUUCCCCUGCAGAAUCUAGAGCUGCUCCGCAUCUCCCUGCUGCUCAUCGAGUCGUGGCUGGAGCCUGUGCGGUUCCUCAGGAGUAUGUUCGCCAACAACUUGGUGUAUGACACCUCGGACAGCGAUGACUAUCACCUCCUAAAGGACCUAGAGGAAGGCAUCCAAACACUGAUGCGGAGGCUGGAAGACGGCAGCCGCCGGACUGGGCAGAUCCUCAAGCAGACCUACAGCAAGUUUGACACAAACUCGCACAACCAUGACGCACUGCUCAAGAACUACGGGCUGCUCCACUGCUUCAGGAAGGACAUGGACAAGGUCGAGACAUUCCUGCGCAUGGUGCAGUGCCGCUCUGUGGAGGGCAGCUGUGGCUUCUAGGGGCCCGAGUAGCAUCCUGUGACCCCUCCCCAGUGCCUCUCCUGGCCCCGGAAGGUGCCACUCCAGUGCCCACCAGCCUUGUCCUAAUAAAAUUAAGUUGUAUCA